GAAAAAGAAAAUAGUCCAGUAAAGUACAAGUAACUCAAACUGUUGCUUGCUUACUAACAGUCCACCAGUGGGUUUAAGCAAGGGUUAGUUUUGGUUGGAGUUGAUGCCUGAGGAAUAAGUCAUUGUGUGUGUUUUCAGGACACGGAGGAGCAGAUUGCUAUAAAGCAGUGCCGCCAGGAACUGAGCGACAGGAACAAAGAGAGAUGGUGUCUGGAGAUCCAGAUCAUGAAGAGGUUGGAUCACGUCAACGUGGUCGCAGCUCGAGAAGUUCCAGAGGAAAUGAAGAAACUCGUGGCCACCAACGACAUGCCGCCGCUGGCCAUGGAGUACUGUCAGGGCGGAGACCUGAGAAAGUAUCUGAACCUGCUGGAGAACUGCUGUGGAAUGAGGGAGGGCUCCGUUAUGAUUCUGUUACGCGAUAUUUCUUCGGCUCUGACGUACCUCCACAAGAAGAGGAUCAUCCACAGAGAUCUGAAACCAGAGAACAUUGUGCUGCAGCAGGGAGAGAAGAGGCUGAUCCACAAGAUUAUAGAUCUCGGCUAUGCUAAGGAGUUGGACCAGAGCAGCCUUUGCACGUCGUUUGUUGGAACGCUGCAGUACUUGGCUCCGGAGCUCAUCGAGAGGCAGAAGUACACGGUCACUGUGGACUACUGGAGCUUCGGGACUUUGGUGUUUGAGUGUAUCACAGGAUUUCGGCCGUUCUUACCAACCUGGCAACCGGUUCCCUGGCACAAUAAACUCAGCAUGAAGCAGGACGAUGACAUUGCUGUCUACGAGGACCUCAGUGGGGAAGUCCACUUCUCCAAGCAUCUGCCACAACCCAACAACCUCAACAGUCUGUUAUUAGAGAAGCUGGAGAAGUGGCUGCAGCUGAUGCUGAAGUGGUCUCCUCAGGAAAGAGGCAAAGACAGCAGCGCUACACCCAGCGACUGCUUCUCCCAGCUGGAGCUCAUACUGAAACUCAAGCUGGUUCACGUCGUGAACAUGAUGUCCGCUAAGAUCCUGACGUACUCCGUUUCGAAUGAUGAGACCGUCGCCAACCUGCAGCUGAGAAUAGAAAAAGACGCCAAAAUCCCGGCGGCCAAUCAGGAGCUGCUGGUGGAGGCGGGGAUAGCCUUGGAGCCUAAUGGGCUGCUCAAGCUGUCCAUCAUAGAUUACAUGAAGGUGGAUGGGCGGCGGACGGACUUGCCUCUGGUCUUCCUGUUUGAUCGCUCGUCUUGCAAUUAUGAACCCCAGUUUGCUCCUCGAACGCUUCCUGAAAAUAUCCGUUAUGUCCAAACCGACCCUACGAACCUCCUGGCUUACAGCGCUCUGAGGAGGACUUGUGGCCAGGCGUGGCACACCAUCCGCUCUCUGAAGGAAGACUGGCAAAGACUGCAGCAGGGCCAGAAAGCCGCCAUCAUGAGCCUGCUGAGACACAACUCUUCACUGUCCAAACAGAAGAACGAGAUGGUGUCCAUGCACCAGAGACUCACGGCCAAACUGGACUUCUUCACCACCAGCCUUCACAUUGACAUGGACAAAUACCAGGAGCAGACGGCCACCGGGAUCGCAUCGGAGAAGCUGGUGGCUGUGUGGAAGGAGAUGGAACAAACUGCUGUCAGCUGUGGUCAGGCCAAGGUGGCUGAACUGGAGGAGGAGAUGAUGCAGCUGCAGCCAGACAUCGUGGAUGUGCAGAGGCAGCCAUGGAGGAGUGGAGAGACCUUGGACACACUCGAAGGAAAAGCCAUGGAGAUGUUCCGCAAACUCAGAGAGAAACCCAGAGACCAGAGGUGCUCAGGAGACACUCAGGAAGUGGUUCGUCUGGUGUUCCAGGCUGUGCAGUUCUACGAGAGGAAGCUCAAAGAUUUCUACACACACCUCAGUAAGACAGCAGUGUGUCGCCAGCGCGUGAUGGAGCUGCUGCCGAAGGUGGAGGGCGUGGUGCAGAAGAUGGCGGAGAGCGAACAGGUCCUGAUGAAUCUGCAGGAGAGGCGGCAGAGGGAGCUGUGGUUCCUGCUCAAAGUCGCCUGUAGCAAAGUUCGCAGCCCGGUGAGCGGGAGUCCCGAUGGCUUACGAACACCUUCGUCGGUGCCGCCCCUGCUGACGCCCAGACACAGCUUACAGCAGCUAGAUGAGUCUCUUUUGGAGGAGAGCAGGACGUUCGAGAGUCGCCUCCAGAGUUUGCUGCACGACACCAUCCAGGAGUCGGAGAGCAGCAUGGAGAUGCUGAGGGAGUGGACGUGGCUGAAUGGAGGCCAGAGCUUCUCCAGCGACCUCUCCUAUACCGGGUUUCAUUCUUAGCGUACGCGUGGUACUCUGCUGCCCCCGUGGGGAUGGGAUGUCAAACUACACGGGGACGUACGACCAGCUGCUCCGUCUGGUGUAGUAGCUGCUGGCACAUAUUUGCUUAAUGAGAUUACAUACUCUUGUCUGACUUUGUAGGGAUAAAGAGGAUAAAUAAUGCCAACCUGUAGUGCACUGAAGCAAACUGUAUCACUCAUUACAGUUACUGUCAGAGGGAUCCACUGGAGUGUGGUCUCAUUAUUUACCGUUGUGUAGCUUUAAUAGAACAUUUUGGGUAAAAUUGCACUUCAUUAGGCACCGAUCAGCCGGGUAUUGUUGAAUCAGAUGAUCCUUGAGUAACAACAGGUUUAUCAAGUCUCAGUGAGACCAUAAACAUACAUUCCUACGGUGCUUUUCAUUAUGAUAAAUUAUGAUCUUCACAUCUUGUUUCCUUCCGUUACUCAGAAAUUGGGGGUCUUCCAAUGUCUUAAAUGCACCUCAGAGAGAGAGAGGAGGCUUCUGGAGGAGAUUAGAGAGGAAACACACUUGUAUCCUACCUCUUGUGUCCUAGCUGGGAGGAGCUAGGACACGAGAAAGAGACACGUUAGUAAAGCAGCCCCACAGUCCCACUGUUUAUGUAGAGGAUUACACAAACAGAUGACAUGUAUUACCUUUAAAUUUACAUAUAAUCUGGGGAAUGUAAAUAUGUAAAGACGUCUUGCUGAGAUUGUAAGGAGAAAUAUUUCCGUCUUGGGUUUGGAGCUGUUUUUUUGUUGAACUUCAGAAACCACAGAUUGUACCUUAGGACUUAUGUACAUUCAUCUUAAGCACAAAAGAGUGUUUUAGUUCUGUUCUGUCAUGUCCUGACCCUGAGCUGGGUAUCUGGGCCUAUAUUUUUUUAUUUUAGGUUCUAUUAUAGUAAGACAAUCAUUUAGCAAUAUGGGUGACAUGUGUAACUGUAAAGUGUUGUCGCUGAAUGACUGCGUGACUGUUUUUUUUUACUUGGAUCGUUGAUGAUGUGGAAGUCAAGAUCAGGAACGUCUGCAGCACACGGUGCAGUUUAGUUACAUGUGAAAAGUUUGUGAUGUUAAAUUUUUGUUGAGAUGUUGGAUGUUUGGUUGGACAGAGAGAAAACACACGAUUGAUGGUCUGAAACGGAUUUCGAAGCGUGUCCUUAUAUGAAAUUCAAAAUAUGUUGAAUUUAUGGAUCGUAACCAAACUGUGAACGCAGCUACAGAACUGACUUGAUUAGUGUUUUAUUCAUAGCAAUUCAUUUUUAUUGAACUUUGACUACGAUGUCAAUUCAAUACGGCACAGCUGCAAUAUUUUAUUCACAUUUCGCCUUAAUUCCAACAUCUGGAGACAACACUGUAAUAUAGAGCCUGCAAAGUGAUGUUACAUCUUGUCUAUUGUGUGUGUGUGUACAAACCUUGUGCUGUUAAAAUGCAAAUUUUAGACGUUUCUAUCAUAAUUUGGUAUCUUGUAAAUGGUGUUUUCUUUGAUUAAUUUCCAUUUUGAUGGGAAUGAGGGCACUGGUUUUCCUUUUCUUUUCACCUGCAUGUAAAUCAAAACCAAAUAAACACACGGUCCGUUUAGUGUU